AUGUUAGCAAAAGAAGAUGAUGAUAAGAAUGAGAGAGUCACGUAUUACUUAAGCAAGAGAUUCCAUGACUAUGAGACUAGGUACACACCCAUAGAGAAAUCAUGUUUCACUCUUGUAUGGGAUAUACAGAAACUGAGACAUAUCAUCCUACCAUUCCAAGUAUGGAUAGUUGCUAGAAUGGAUCCAUUGAAGUACCUAUUUGAGAAGCCUGUCUUGGGUGGAAGAUUGUCAAGAUGGUUGAUUCUAUUGGUAGAAUUUGACUUAAAGUAUAUGGCUAUAAAAACCAUCAAACGGAGCACCGUGUUAGAUUUUUGUGUCGAGAACCUUAUAGAAGGAGAAAGUGGUAGAAAAGACUUCCUAGAUGAAGCCAUUUUGGAUAUCGAACUAGGGGCAUGGAAGACGUAUUUUGAUGGAGUUAUGAACCAAUAUGGAAUUGGAAUAGAAGUACUCUUGAUUACCCCCAAUGCAUCUCAUGUACCUUUGGCCAUCAAGUUGAACUUCAAAGCAACCAACAACAUGGCAGAAUAUGAAGAUUGUAUCAUCAGAAUGGAAACCUUACAAGAGCUAGGGGUAAAGGAAGCUGAAGUCUUUGGAGAUUUGACUUUGGUCAUAAUACAAGCACAAAAGUUGUGA